AUGGCAAGUAGAAUUAACAAAGGUAAGAUUACACUAACAAGAAUGUGUGGAUUUCGCGCUCCACUCCGCAUUCCUUCACAUAACCACCAAAUCGCAACUGUUUAUCAACAAACAAACAUGGCACGUCCUUCAGUAGGGCUGCAAUCUUUGUGGGAAUUGGCAGCUUCCGCCAAACGAAACAAACUAAGGGAGGCCUCUGAACCCCCUGAAGAAAGAAGAGCGUCCAAAGUGAACCACAACGAUCAUGGUGAGAAUUUUAAUUCUCCAUCAUUUGAAAACACUCUGAAAAUGACGAAGAAAACCACAAAAUCCACAACCUAUAACAACAUCCAAGUCCACAGUUCCGUAGAUAGUCGUCGGAACAGUGAUAUAGGCACUAUACGGCGUCAAAGUCACCAAAUGAUGCCUAUGGAUCAAGACCUUUCGCACGUCCAACGGACGUAUGUGUUACAGAAUCAAGCCCUUGCUAGAAACAAUUCUGUGUUGAUGAGCCGGAUCCUGGAGAUGGAGGCGCGUUUAAACAGCGUGGUGAACGAAAACAUGACUCUUCGAACCCUUCGAAACUCGAAAGAUCUCGAGGUGAGGAAAGAAGUGGAAUCACUUCUUCGCUACGUGGAACUGGAAGUUUUGGGAAAAGUUGGAGAAAUAUGCCACGUUUUGGCAACUGUAAGACAUCGUGAUAUGCUUCCAGAAAACCCAGUGCUCAAACAAGUUGCUCUGAUUGUUGGUUCAAGUGCACCGGCCACCUCCACUCCAAUUGAAGGUGCCAGUCGUCCCGAUAUGCUGCAAGAAUUUCACGACUUGGAAAUGUCUAUACCAGCAACUGGAGACUUCAAGGGCUCGUUGGUAAUUCCAGAAGCCCAGCUCACCAACGUGAGACCUGACGCCGUGCACGUUUCGCUCGACACCAGCUACGAAGAAGCGAAUGAGACUGUGGUUGAAGGUAUCACUGCCAAUGCAAGCACCGCUCCACAAUCCAAGCCCUCCACGUCUGCAAUAUGUGAAAGUAUCGAUUCCAGCAAACCAGGUCUUCAGCUUUUAGAGGAAAUUGGAGCAUACGCUGAAACAGACUCAUCAGAUAAAGAAAUUCCAGACGAAAUUGCUCAAAAGACACCAAAAUCCAAGAGCACCAAGAGCACCAAGGUCAACAUCAAAACAAAUGCAAAGACCAAUCCCCAAAUCAAUUCCAACUCUCAAAGCAAAACCAAUGCCAAAACUCAAAAGACGCACCCGUCCAAUGACUUUAAUCUGGCACCACCAAAGUUAGACGACCAGUCUAUGGUUUCGCCUCCGCGAAGAAGAAACAGAAAGUCUAUAAGCUAUGUUAUGCCAUCUUUGCGUGUUAAAAUGAGACGGGAAUCUGCCAAGUUUAUUGAUGCCGUUGUGGAUGUGAAACAGGAACCGUUACUGUCUCCCGUUCCCGAGCCGAAGCCCAAGAGGAAAGCUCUCUCUGACGUUACCGACUCUACUAAUAACAAAAGAAAACCAGGAAACAAGAAGAGAAAGGCUACGGCUGCGUUUAGUUUGGACGGAGAAAACCGUUCGAAAAGAGAAGUUGGUGUUUGA